CCAUGUGAGUUUUCCGAGAGAUGGACAAAAUACACGACUUCAACAGUGGCGCACGUCAGUUGAAAUGGAGUGCUAGAACUUAGUGAACGUCUUGAAAAACUUGUGUUCACGUUCUGCUCAAGACACGACCGAAUAAGCAACUAAUUUAAUUUCCUAGUAGUGAUGUAGGCUACAACGUAUCCCACGCAUGCAUCGACAUGAGUAAAGGAUACAACUUUUCGACACGGAGUUGAGUAGUGGUCUAAGGACAGGGAGAGGACUAACAUGGGUCCUCCGGACCUGGGUUCCCGAGAUAGCCAGCUCACGCUGCCAGGCUUUGGCAGUGGGUUUGAGGACACAGAGGACCUCUCCCCGGCUCUAGUGUCUCCAGGAGGAUUCUGUCCCCCGGUGCCGUCAGUUCAUCCAGGGAGCCUGGGUAUGUGCUGUGUCCCCAGGGCUUCCCUAUCUCUAACCUCCUUAGGACUGGACCUCACCACCAUCCUCUACUCGUCCUACAAGGCAGCAGGGUCCCACAUCAACAGAACGCUGGGAACCCCAAAACUUGAGAACUACCACCAGCCCACAACUGCCUACUUGGUUUCCACUUCCUCCUCCUUCUCUCCCUCCUUUUGUUCCCCCUCCUCCUCUCUCUCCCCUACUUCUUCACCGACGUCCAUAUAUUUUCCCUCUUCCUCAUCAGAGUUUCUGUGCUCUGGCUCCUCGAUGUCCCUUAUCAAAAGUGCUCCAUUGCAGCAACAACAGAAGCUUCCGGUGGAGUAUCACACAAUUGAGCCCCAUCUGAAACAAGAGCCUGCGGAUGAGUUCCCAGCCUGUGGGGGUGAGCUGUUUCAACUUGACCACCAACAAGGGGAGCUUUUCCAGUUCAACCACAAUCUGGAAAAGGAACAGAGUCUUGCUGUCACUACACCCUGCAGGAACAGAACCUGUUCACCGCUCGAACCCAAUAGGCUCCCAGGGCCCCCCAGGGAGGGCAUCAUAGAUGACCAACAGGGUCUAUCAUGCCGCUGGAUUGACUGCGGCGCCGCCUACAACCAGCAGGAGGAGCUUGUGAGGCAUAUCGAGAAGGCCCACAUCGACCAGCGUAAAGGGGAGGAGUUUGCCUGUUUCUGGGCAGGUUGUGUCCGACGCUAUAAGCCGUUCAACGCCCGCUACAAGCUGCUAAUCCAUAUGAGGGUACACUCUGGAGAAAAGCCCAACAGGUGCAUGUUUGAAGGCUGUACCAAGGCUUUUUCCCGUCUGGAAAACCUGAAGAUUCACCUGCGGAGCCACACAGGGGAGAAGCCCUACGUCUGCCAGCACCCCGGCUGUCUCAAGGCCUUCAGCAACUCAAGUGACCGCGCCAAGCACCAGCGCACUCACUUGGACACGAAGCCCUAUGCAUGUCAGAUCCCAGGGUGCACCAAGCGCUACACGGACCCUAGCUCUCUGAGGAAGCACGUCAAAGCGCACACUACCAAGGCACUGCAGGACCGUACACCCAAGUGUGUGUUUGGGCAGGUCCAGGUGCCAUCCCGACCAGAGUCCAAUAUUCUGAGUGAGUGUCUGGCCAGACAGCAUCGCCACAGUUCCCUUCACCAUUCUAAUGGGAACGCAGGCUCAAGGUCCCCUCUCCCAGGCUUGGAGGAGUUCACAGGCUUAUACACUGUGUCCAGCAUCUCCAAUAAGAGAGCUGGUUCUGGGCCUGGCCCUCUCACUCUAGACCCAUGUUAUAGACUCCAGGGACUGGAGGGAUGCUUUCGUGCCAACAGCCCUCAACAUGACCCAUCGUCAAUGGACACCCAAGGAGAAUUCAAAGAGGGGUUGGUGCCCCUGUAUGUGCCUGAGUGUUUGAGCCCUGUGAGGACCCCAGCAGACUGCCCCCCAACGCCUGACAGGUAUAGAGUCUACCCCCACCACCAAGACCUGCUGUCAGAGCCCCCAGGCUGUCGUUACGGGGAGGAGAAGAUGGUCCCUUCUAUGAACAGUGGAGCUUUUGAUCAGAGCACCUAUUCUGUACACCCCUCAGUGUCGCCCUCUGCAGGCUUUGACUUGGUGCAGGACCUCCAGGGCCAGACAGGAGGGGGCCACGCCUUCUCUCCAUGCCCAGACCUCUACCAGGCAGGAGGGUUUGACCGCUGUCUCAGUCAGAUAUACUCUCUCUACUUAGAUUCAUGAAGAGGGGAGCCUAUAGAAUCCAACCCAGACAUUGCUGUGAUCCGGAUGAUCACACUGCCCGAACUGAGGUUUACCUUGCUUGAUGGGGAUCUAUGGGUACUAUGUGGAGAGUACCAGAGACUGGACUGAGGACUCCAAAUGGCAGGGAGGAUCCAGGGAUGCAUCUCAUAGCAUCCCUGGAUCCAGGCAGUGUGUCUGUCUCUCCCUCUAUGUCUAUAGUCGCUAUCUCUCUGUUUCUGUACUCCUGUAGCAAAGGAUUCAGGAAUUGUGUGUGGCAUGUCUGUGUGAGGGGGGGGGGGGGUCUUUGUUUACAUUUCUUUUAUUGUGUACACAUUUAUUUUCUUUUUUGACUGUUUAACAGUCAUAUCAUGCAGAACAUGUUUACAUUUCCCAAUAAUCAAAUAACUUGUUUUUAAAAUGUAGGCCUAUCAUUGGUUACCACAAUUUUCACCAUUCUUGUGUAAAAUGUAUUAUUUUAAUUGUAAUUAUAUUGUUUGUCUCAUUGUAAGUUGAUGAUGCAGAGUGAAUGAUGCAGCAGAGUGAAACAACAUUUUAAAUCGAGGUAGGAUAUUUCGGUUGUAAUUAGUUGUAUAUACCUUCUCCUACACUGCCAUCUAGAGGUUUAAAGUAAAAUAUGUUCUGUCCAGGCAGUUAGUUGAAAUGACAGUAUCUGUGGGGAGUGCUUAUGCAAACAAACUUAAAAAUUACUUGGUUGAUUUUUCAUUGUUUACUUUUGCUUUUGUUGCUUUACAGUAUUAAUGGUUACACAAACCUUUUAGAAAAAUGUGUAUUAUUUCAUGAUAAGACAAAUAUCUGCAUUGUAUUGUAUGCAAAGUCCUUUCAGUUCUAGAAUACAGGUAUAUUGUUUAUGACUAU